UCAAGCUACUUCAAAUGCACCCAAUGUUAGGCAAAAUACUCGUCCUUUUGCUCAAAAUAAUACUCUGAAUAAUUUUCAGCCAUCAGUAUCCUGUCAAUUUUGCAAUGAUCGAUCUCAUGGGAUUUUCAAAUGUGUCAAUUUUUCAAAGAUUCCCAUCAAUCAACGUUAUGAUGCAAUCAAAAGGAAAGGGUUGUGUUUCAAUUGCCUUAAUCCUUACACUGACAAUCACAACUGCUCUUCAAAGAGAUGCCAAAAAUGUGAUAAGCGACAUCACACUGUUCUACAUGAUUCCUUUACUAGCAAUUCAGGAGCUGAAGUCUCCAAUCAGUUGGAAACCUUCUGGAAGCUGGAAGAAGUCUCUUCAGUUAUUCCUGUCUCUCCUGAGUGUGCUAGGGUUGAAGCACACUACAAAGAAAAUACCAUCAGGAGGCAUGAAGAUGGUCGUUUCCAAGUGUCCUUACCUCGCAAGGAUUCAUUUGCCACCCUUGGUCAUUCAAGGACUCAAGCUAUGAAACGUUUCCAUUCAUUGGAAAAAAAGAUUUCUUAAAGAACCUGAGCUCACACCUCAAUAUGUUGAAUUUAUGCAGGAAUAUGAAGAUUUAGGUCACAUGCACCCUGUACCGCCACCAGCCCCUGAGGAACAA